AUGAAUGCUAUGAAUGGUAAAUUGAAUCAGAUCGCUUUACAUUCUCCUCCUAAAAGUAUUAAAUGUACCUCGAAUAGUAUCAACUCCGAAGUUUCAAAUGCAGAAAAAAGUAAUAUGAAUGUUCCGAAAACUUCAAGAGGUAUCGUUAUGUCAGCGGUUGUCAUCCCAGAAGAUCCACAGGAGUCAAUGCCUUUAAUAAGAAGAACAAGUUAUUUUGUACCCGGACAAACACAACUCAAAACCAUCGACGACGAGGGAAUCAAAAUGAUGAAAAGCGGUAACAAGAUAUUAUUGCCUAAGUUAGAGGGGACAAGAGGGUUCGUUGUUCAGGGACCUUCACAAGUCCUAAUGCAAACGACCAACAAAAUGAUAGGUAUGGAAGAAGAAAUGCUUGCACCAAAACCCGAAUAUUCGUACGCCUCAAUGAUCUGUCAAGCGAUCUUUGCAUCGUCUGAAAAGAAAUCCACCCUAUCAGAGAUAUAUGAAUGGAUAUGUACCACUUAUCCAUUCUUUAAGAGGAAUCAACAAGCGUUUGUGAGGGCCUCACGUGGCGAAGGAGCCACCGGAAAGGGGGGAUAUUGGACAGUUGAUCCCAUAUUCGAACGUUAUUUCGUAAAUGGACAUUUCAAACCUCCGGGUAAUGAAACAAAGAACGCUUACAAGAGAGCAAGGUCAGACGAAAAUGAAAUAACGCCCAACACCACAACUUCCACCCACCAUAAAAAUGGAAGCGCAACACAAAAAGUUCGAGAGAAGUUACCACGAGCUAGAAAUAAUAUUGAAGCAACGGUUCAAAUCGCUCAACCAAGAAGAGGAGAGACUGCGCCUUCAAAAAAAAAGGUUAAAGUUGAAAGAAUAAUGGAAAACUUGAAUAAGGUGACAGAAAAAAUAAACAAUGAUAAUAGGGCCAAGGGAUCUGAAGAACUAAAAGACCAAGAGGACAACAAAGAGACAGUUAUCCGAAAGCUUGUGGAAGGAUGUGAAUCCGUCUAUCACAGAUACUACAAUGGCAAUGAACCAAACUGGCAAGGGGACGCCGCGUUUUUCGCAUCGUUCAGCCCAUUCCUAUCUUGUAAUGGAUAUUUUUUCUAA